AUGGAACCAUUUGAUGAAAAGGCUACAACCUGGAAUCGUUGGGUGAAAAGAUUUGAGACGGCGAUGGCGAUUUUUGGUACGAGCGAGACGAUGAAGGCUAAAUAUCUAUUACAUUUCAUGGGUACAGAGGCUUAUAAUAAGCUAUGUGACAAGGCUUUACCCUUGAUACCAGAGGAAUUGCAGUAUGAUAAUAUUUGUGAAUUGCUGGAGAAGCAUUAUAACCCUAAACCCAAUGAAAUAUUUUUGAACUUUAAAUUCCACUCACGUAAGCAAGAACCUACAGAAUCCGCCGCAGAAUAUUUAGUGGCUUUGAGACAUCUAGCAACGGGCUGUGGAUUUGGUGAAUACCUGGACAAAGCACUGAGGAACCAGUUUGUGUACGGCAUAGGGAACAGAAAGAUUCAAGGCCGGUUAUUGGAAAAGGACGAUUUAACAUUAGAUGAUGCAAUACAUUUGGCAAACAUGUUUGAACAAGCUGAAAAGGGGUUCCAAGAAAUGAAUAAGCAGCAAGAAGCCGUUGACAUGGUGAAUAUGAGAAAGACAAGAGAGAGGGAGAAAAGAGUCAGAGAGACAGAACAAAGAGCGAGAUCGAAACAGAAUACAAACUGUGACAGAUGUGGCAGCAGUGAGCAUAAUUCAAACGAUUGCCGUCACAUAAAUUCUGUAUGCAAUUUUUGCAGAAAGAGAGGCCAUUUAAGGCGUGUGUGUUUUAAAGCAAGAUCUACAAUGAAACAAAUAUCUGACGGCGAAGUCAGUGGAAAGGAGGACUCAGAGCAAGAAGUGUGUAAGAUGGAAAGUAAUGGACAGAGCUCCAGCAUACGGGAUAAAAUUCUAUGUACAUUGGAAGUAAAUGAUCGUAAUAUCACAUUUGAAGUUGACACGGGAGCGCCGGUCACCAUCAUAAGUCUUGCCGAUGCUUACAAAUAUUUUUCGAAGAAAAUACGAAUUCAUGAACCAGAUUUGGAACUCUAUAGUUAUUGCAAGACGCCUAUAGAUUGCGCGGGAGAGCUUAAGGCUGAAAUUGGCAGCUGCAAGGAACAAAUACAAAAUGUGGAAGCUAGUACUUCAUCAAAAAUAACCGAACUUGAAACAGAGAUUAAUGUCCUGCACCGAAGACUCAAUCGUGCCGACAUCCUGAUUGGUGGACUACCAGCGGGAUUACCUGAUUUGAUUGCACCUGUUCUGGCGUUAGUUUAUCCUCUAAAUCGAUUACUGCACAAAGAAGUUCCAUUUAAUUUUGAUGCUAAAUGUAAAUGGGCUUUCGAAGAAGUAAAGAGACAAGUGGGAUCAGAGGUGGUGCUGACACAUUAUGAUCCAAGGAAAAAAUUAACAUUGGCAGUGGAUGCGAGCCCUACGGGUGUGGGAGCCGUAUUGAGUCACGAAUUUGGCGAUGGAACGGAAAGACCUAUACAGUUUGCAUCGCAAACUUUAAAUGCAACCCAGAGACGGUAUAGCCAAGUAGACAAGGAGGCAUACGCAGUAAUAUUCGGGGUAAAAAAGUUUUUCCAAUAUGUAUAUGGAAGGGAAUUUACUUUAAUUACCGACAAUAAAGCAAUAUCACAGAUUUUUGCGCCUGACAAGGGAUUACCGGUAUUGUCUGCAACGCGUAUGCAACAUUACGCAGUAUUCCUGGAAUCUUUUGAUUACAAGAUUCGAUUGCGUAAAUCUAAGGAGAAUGGGAAUGCAGAUGCGCUAUCGAGGCUUCCUGUAAAUGAAUGCAGCAAAACAAUCAGCGAGAUUGAUCAAAUUGAAAUGGAAUUAAUUGAGAAUUUGCCAAUCACCGUCAAGGAAUUAGGACAAGCCACCAAAAAAGAUGCGGAAGUAAGACGUUUAGUAGACAGUUUGUCAUAUGGUCGGAAGUGUGAGCCUGCCGACAGUUUUGGAAUCGACCCAUCCGAAUUUAGCUUGCAACAAGGAUGCUUAUUAAGAGGCAUAAGAGUGUAUGUGCCAAAACCGCUGAGAACUAGAAUAAUACAAGAAUUACAUUCGGGACAUUUUGGUGUAUCAAAAAUGAAGUCACUUGCCAGAGCGUAUUGUUGGUGGAAAAAUUUAGAUAAGGACAUUGAAAAAGCGGUUGCUGGCUGUUAUGAAUGCCAGAUCGGGCGACCAGAUGUAAAGAAAGAACCUGUACAUUGCUGGUUACCUCCGAAGAAAGUUUUCGAAAGGGUGCAUGUGGAUUACGCUGGUCCCUUUUUGGGCAAAUAUUUUUUUGUACUGGUGGAUGCUUUUAGUAAAUGGCCGGAGGUAAGGAUAGUUCGAGACAUUACCACGGAGACAACAAUCGAAGUAUGUAGAAGUAUAUUUGCGCAAUUUGGAAUACCAAACAUUCUAGUCAGCGACCACGGGACGCAGUUCAAAAGCGCGAAAUUUCAAGAGUUUUUAAAACAAAAUGGUAUCAUGCAUAAGUUGGGGGCACCGUACCACCCUGCAACGAAUGGUCAAGCUGAACGUUUUAUACAAACCUUCAAAACCAAGUUGAAGGCAAUGCCUCGUAAGGAGGAGUUACAGCGAAAAAUUGAUCAAAUUUUAUUGGCAUAUCGACGAGCAAUUCACCCGGUUACAAAUAAAUCACCAGCUAUGACAAUGUUUGGGCGACAAAUACAAAGCAGAUUGGACCUCCUACUGCCCAACAAUGAAGUCCGGGACCCCGAAAGACAAAAAACUUCAAGAGAGUUAGCAGUAGGAGACGCUGUGAUGGCUCGGGAUUAUAUGAAUAAGCUUAAGUGGAAGCCUGGAAUAGUAAGAGAGAGAAUUGGUGAUUUGCAUUACAAAGUGAGGCUGGAAGAUGGUAGGUGUUGGAACAGACACAUUGAUCAAUUGAGAAAGAUUAAUGGCAGAGUAAUGCUGGAUAACGAAGUUGAGGAAACACAUAGUGCUAGUUAUGAGCCAUCAGAUUUAACUUUGGAGAAGAGAGAGAACCCUACAAGUAUGAGUAAUGCGGAACGAGAAGCCACAGACGAAUGCGUGAUUUCAGACAAUCGAGAUCAGUCCUUCGCAACGCCCCCAAGUUCUCCGGGGUCAACAUUCAUCGGAUUUGAAGAGCCAGCAGGGAAUGGUGAGGCAGUCAUAAGAACGAAUCCUAGGAGGAAUAUACGGCGACCUCAUCGGCUGAAUGAUUAUGUUAUCGAUACGGAUUGAAAUAGAGGGGAGAGGUGUUGUAUACGUUACGUAUUCAGUAACUACUAAACUACUAUCGAUGUAAGCAUAUGUAAUAAACACCAUCACUCAGUUGUUAUGAGUUACCCGAA